AUGCUUUGUGGGACUUCAGCCAACGAAAACGCCAUAAAGACUGCAUUUAUCUGGUACAUGACAAACCGCCGUGGUGGUAACCCCCCAGAUCAGAAGGCUCUUGAGAGCAGUAUGCAUCAGCAGGAACCUGGAACACCUCAUCUAUCCGUUCUCGGCUUCCAGGGAGCUUUCCAUGGACGUUCUCUUUGUAUGUUAUCGGUAACCAGAAGUAAAGCUAUCCAUAAGGUAGACAUCCCCGCGUUCGACUGGCCCAUUGCCAAAUUUCCACGAUAUAAAUAUCCCCUGAAGGACAACAAGGCUUACAACGACGCACAGGACAAGGAGUGUCUUCAAGAUGUUAGGGAAAAAAUUGCAGAGUGGAAGAAAAAGAAACUCAUCACCGGUGGCUAUUUCUACGGAGAACAUAUGCGCGUGAAAGAGAACACUAAAGCGAAUUAA